GACCUAACAAGUGGGAGAACUCCCACCCAAAGAAAUAGAAAUAAUGGAGCCAUCUGAAACAGGAUUUAACGUUUGUUUACGAUUUUCAAAAAGAUAAGAGGAGGGAAUAACAUCCUUAAAAGGAGAACACGAGAUUAUUAACAUGAACAACCCCAUGAAAAAGAAAAAGUUGGGAAUCUUGACAAUGAAAACUACAAUAAUUGAAGUUCUAGAGCCCAAUAAAUUGGAUAAACAGUCAACUAGACAAGCUGAAGAGAGAAUUUGUGAAUUGAAAGCUAGAAGUGAGACUGAUCACAAAAUGCAGGACAAAAAUAUAGUGUUGGAAACUAGGAAGACAGCAUGGAUUGAGGAGGUCCAAUAUAGGUCCAAUAGGAACUCUAGAAGGAGAUUAGAAGUAGCAGAGAAGAAAUAAAGAGAUAAUACUAAGAAUUUUCCAGACUUGAAUAAAGCCUUCAGAUUGAAGAAGCUUAUGGAGUGCCAAAUAAAUCAACUUCUAGUUAUAGUAAAAUUACAGAAUGUUAAGGAUAAAGAGAAAUCUGAAAAGCUACAGAAAGAGAGAUUACCCAUGAAAAAUGAUAACCUGAUGACAACUGACUUCUUUACAGCAAUAGAAGAUGAAAAACUACAGGAAAAGAGCUGAGGGAAAGCUAUUGUCAAAGAAGAAUUCUAUAUCCAGAAAAACUCGUUCCAGAGUGAGGGUGAAAUAAAAACCUUUUCACAUGUAUGGGACCUAGGGUAUCAAGAAUAACUUUGGAUGAAGUUACAGAAUACCCAAUUAACAGUGGCUAACCAAUAAGAGCAUUUAAUAACUAAGUAGCAAAAAAUCUGGGGGUGAAAGAUUCCAGAAUGGCUAACUGGCUUGAUGAUCUUUUAGCAUUUGUGUAAUUCUCAUAGUCUCAAGAUGGCCAUGUUAGUUUCAAGCAUCAUGCCUCAUGUGACAGUAACCAAAGGAGGAAAGGAAGUGGCAGGUGAAAAUGGGCCACCUUGUUUGCUUCUCUCUUACCAGGGAGGAAAGUUUUUCCUAGAGACCCUUCAGAAGAAUUCCUCUUAAAUUUCAUUGGCUGGAACUAGGUCAUAUGCUUACUACUAGUUCAGUCACUGGCAGAAGGAGAUAGAAAUCCUGCAACUGGCUUGGACCACCAUGCUUUAUCCCCGGGGACCAAGCAUUUGCCACCCUCACAAAUCGGGGGUUAUCGUAUCAAGGAAGAAGGGUCAGUGGUUGGAUCUUCCACACAUGGUCAGCAGUUGCCUUUCCCUGGCAAGAAAAAAAAAAAAGUUUUAGGCAACAUUUAAGUAUCAUUAUACUAGUUUUGCCAAUAUAAGGGAUUCUGAUGGAAUGGAAAUUUUUUGUGUGUGCUCUACAUAGAUUUUAAAAAAAAGUUUUCUGUGACUUUCACAUUGAAACAAUCCUUGAGCAUCACUUUGUUAGCUAGAGCACUCAGCUACUGUGAUAUAUUAGGUGGCACUGUUAUGAUCUUUUUUUUCAGUAAGACAGAAUGAAGAAACAGGUGUGUUUGGGAAAAAUGAAAGACAGUUUACUCAUUAUUUCACUGACAGCCAUCCAGAAUUUCAGUGAAAAUUAUCUAUGCAAGAUGAUGAUAUCUCAUUUAACCAUCACAAUUGUCUUGUAGUAGUAUUGUUGUCGUUUUACAGGUGAGAAAAUUGAGGCACAAGGUUAAUAAUAUGUCUGUAAAGGAGAGCUGAUAUGUAGUGGUGGUAGGACUCCAAUCCUGGGUCUUUAGAUUCUAAAUCUACUGUUUUAGCCCCCAAAUUGAAUAGCUACAUAACCUUUUAUUUAUCUUGAUAAUAAAUUCGUAAGGGAAGAUGGAGCAAAAGGCAAAAAGAAUUUGUAUGUGCUCUGUUCACCUGAUACUAGCAUUUAAGAGGCUUACAUUUUUAGUUUCCUUAAUGUUUUAAGUAUUAUUGCAAGUAAGAGGAGAAAGGACUAAAAGACCUCAUGGUACUGGAAUGAGUGCAAGAAAACCAAGACCCCCAUUUUUGUACCCCAAUACAGAUGUGGAAAGAAUCUAGGCUUUGUAUUCUGACAGACCUGGAUUCAUAUCCUGGACUGACCGCUUAUUUAUCACUUAUGUGACCUUGGGCAAGUCAGAUAACCUCUCUGAGCCUUUUCACAUUUGCCUGUAAAAUAGGGAUGAUGACCCCCUCAUGACCCCCUUUUUUGUUAGGAUGAACCUCAGAUGAUGCAAUUUCUAGCAGACAUCAGACAUGGUAGCUACUCUAAUUAUCACUGUUACUUCCUACUAAUACAUUCAGUAAAAUUUAAAUGUGAAGUUUUUAAGAUGCCAUUUUGUGGUAAGUUCUCUUAAGGACAAUUUUUCCCUGAAGUACUUUAGCUAUCUCAAUUUUGCAAGUGUAGCUAAGUAUAUAUGUCUUGGGCAUGUAGGGAUAUAAAUUAGAAUGGUGAGUUGCUUGUGUUUUUACCACUUUUUAUCUCUUGGCUUGCUUUGACUUUGUAAAUGUUCUCCUUCCCCCAAUUAUAGGUCCUAUGGCAGCGUGUACAAAGCUAUUCAUAAAGAGACAGGUCAGAUUGUUGCUAUUAAGCAAGUUCCUGUGGAGUCAGACCUGCAGGAGAUAAUCAAAGAAAUCUCUAUAAUGCAGCAAUGUGACAGCCCUCACGUAGUCAAAUAUUAUGGCAGUUAUUUUAAGAACACAGACUUGUGGAUUGUGAUGGAGUACUGUGGGGCUGGUUCUGUGUCUGAUAUCAUUCGAUUACGAAAUAAAACGUUAACAGAAGAUGAAAUAGCUACAAUAUUACAGUCAACACUUAAGGGACUGGAAUACCUUCAUUUUAUGAGAAAAAUACACCGAGAUAUCAAGGCAGGAAAUAUUUUGCUAAAUACAGAAGGUCAUGCCAAACUUGCAGAUUUUGGGGUAGCAGGUCAACUUACAGAUACCAUGGCCAAGCGAAAUACAGUGAUAGGAACACCAUUUUGGAUGGCUCCAGAAGUGAUUCAGGAAAUUGGGUACAACUGUGUGGCAGACAUCUGGUCGUUGGGAAUAACAGCCAUAGAAAUGGCUGAAGGAAAGCCCCCAUAUGCCGAUAUCCAUCCAAUGAGGGCAAUCUUCAUGAUUCCUACCAACCCACCUCCCACAUUCCGAAAGCCAGAACUGUGGUCAGAUAGCUUCAUGGAUUUUGUGAAGCAGUGUCUCAUAAAGAGCCCUGAGCAGAGAGCCACGGCCACUCAACUCCUACAGCACCCAUUUGUCAAGAGUGCCAAAGGAGUGUCCAUACUGCGGGAUUUAAUUAACGAAGCCAUGGACGUGAAGCUGAAACGCCAGGAAGCCCAGCAGCGGGAGGUAGACCAGGACGAUGAAGAAAACUCAGAGGAGGAUGAAAUGGAUUCUGGCACGAUGGUCCGAGCAGCGGGGGACGAGAUGGGCACCGUCCGAGUAGCCAGCACCAUGAGUGAUGGCGCCAAUACUAUGAUCGAACAUGAUGACACGUUGCCAUCUCAGCUGGGCACCAUGGUGAUCAACUCAGAGGAGGAGGAAGAGGAAGGCACUAUGAAAAGAAGGGAUGAGACCAUGCAGCCUGCAAGACCAUCUUUCCUUGAAUACUUUGAACAAAAAGAAAAGGAAAAUCAAAUCAACAGCUUUGGCAAGAGUGUCCCUGGCCCACUGAAGAACUCUUCAGAUUGGAAAGUUCCACAGGAUGGAGACUAUGAGUUCCUGAAGAGUUGGACAGUGGAGGACCUUCAGAAGAGGCUCUUGGCCCUGGACCCCAUGAUGGAGCAGGAGAUCGAAGAGAUCCGGCAGAAGUACCAGUCGAAGCGGCAGCCCAUCCUUGACGCCAUUGAGGCCAAGAAGCGGCGGCAGCAAAACUUCUGAGGGAGGCCAGGCCGGCAGGGCCCCGGGCCGACGGUGAACUCUGGCUCGCCCACCCCUCCAGCUGCCUCCAUCAUCUCUCCAGCCCCUCUGUGAACUCAGGAACGUGCGCCAGGGGCCAGGGCUGCCGUGCCGGCCAGCGCGCCGCCCUGACGUGUGUAUCUGAACUGGGCAGUUAUAUCAUUUCGGAGGGUUCACGUGGGCGCUUUGAGACUCAGAGUUUUCAACCCCAGAAACAGAGACUCCUAGUUGAGUGAGAGCUGGGAAAGUGUCCCACUGUCUUUUGUUUUUCUUCUCCCAGUAGCUUUCAGUGGUUCUUUCUGGAAGACUUUAAAAUAUAUAUAUAUAAAUAUGCAUAUAUAUAUAUAUAAAUUAUAACUAGAUUCCCCACAUGGCGUGGUGGCAUCUCUGUAUAGGUACAGUUUUAAACAGUUGCCUCUUUUCUGUAAGAUUAUGGUACUAUGGGACAUGAGGGCAGAGAACACCAGGAGACUGCUGGGGGCACUCUACCCCCUGGAGCCAACCCCACCCUUUUGCCAGGGCUGCACUGACAGAUGAGGUUGGGGCCUGUUCCUUUACCAUGCUUUCAGCCUUGUGCAGGCCAUCCCUGGCUUCUGGAGCUCUCAGUGAUGCCCAAGGGAAAGCCUUGAGCACUGGUGUUUACUUUCUGAGUCCCAGGAGAAGCCUGGCACGCUCCUUGCAAGACUGGCCUUUGCAGUUUCAGCGCCUUUCAUCCAUCUCCACUCUCCCAACUGCCUAGAGUCACAGCAAAGACACUGCCCAGUGCCUUAAGAGGACACGUGAUCCAGCAAGGGGACAGGCCUGCCAGGAACUCCUAGCAAAGUGGAGCUGUGUUCAGUCUGCAAAAGGGAAAAGGUUUUUGAAGUUCUCAUCAUCCAUGUGAAGAUUACACAUGUGGCGUUUUGCUCCACAUUCCUUACAGACGGGUAGAGGGCAUUGCUUUUGAGAUCCACAUUCAAACAUGUGACUGUUUUCUUUUUCAUUUUACUGCUACGGGUCUGGAAAGGGUAAAUGAAUAUCAGACUAAGAUUUGUUCUCCAGGAGACUCAACCCAGACCCGUAAAAUGCCAGAGCUGGAAGGGACCAUAGACAUCAUCUGGUCUAACAGAGGCUUAGAGAGGAGAAGUGACAUGGCCCAAAUCACAAAGCAAAUUAAAGUAAGAGCCGGAAUUGGGCUUUGGGGCUCCUCACUCCUGCUUCACUGAACCAAGCAGCCCCUUCUUGGAGGGAAGACACUUGUGUCAGUUUUGGUGAAGUUGUUUCAGGGAAUCCUGCUAAUGGAAACUUGCUCUUGCUUUGUCUCUUCAGUAGGCGACUGGCUGUGAAGAGAUUCCCAAGGGGAGCCUGCAGAUGGUUCAGUUUCAGCCAUUCCGUGAGCUCCACAGCAUCUGCCGGGCAGCAGACAGGCAUCAUGCGGGCAGAUGUGGGGCCUAGAGCAGAUCAGAGGGCUUUGCAACAGACAGCACUGAGCCAUCCCUCUGGAGCCUUGGCUCAUGGCCACAUGUCACUUAGUCACACAGCCAAGAGCAGACAGUUGGGAAAGACAACUGUCUUUUUGUUUUCUAGUACCUCUUCCCCUCAGAUAGGGGAGCUAUGACUAGGUUGCACCUAAGGAUACUGUAAUUUGAUUCCAUUAUUGCUUUUGCUACCCAAACCUGGGGGUCAGUGGAGAGUCAGGGAAUGUUCCUCUUCUGUGGCUGGAUUCUGUUCUUUACAAUUACAGCAAGUUUUUUAAAAUGCAAGAGGCUGUUGUCGGUCUGCAGGGCUUGGCCAGCUAAGCAGCCUUGUGGCAGGUACAGGCAACAGAGGACAAUUCGAGGAUCCCGCUACAAUAAUAAACGGCAGCUAGCGAUCAUGACCACUUAUUAUACGCCAGGCACUGCACUAGGUAGGUAGGCUCUUUGUGGCAGCUCCAAACUUCCCAGUAACUCUGUGAAUUAAGUACUUUAUCUCCAUUUCAUAGAUGAAGAAACAGGUUCAGAGAGAAAAAACUUCUCUCCCAAGGUGGUACAGGUAGUAAGUGGUAGAAUCAGGAUUCACAGCAUCACCAUGUGGGACCAGUAUUUACAGGGAAAAGGAAAGUCACAAGUCUUUUUUUUUUUUUUUUUUAAUUUUAUUCAGGUAGUUGAUUUACGAUGUGUUAAUUUCUGCUGUACAGCAAAGUGAUUCAGUUAUACAUAUAUAUAUACAUUCUUUUUCACAUUCUUUUCCAUUAUGGUUUAUCACAGGAUAUUGAGUAUAGUUCCCUGUUUAUCCAACAGGUCUUUGUAAAAAUGAAAUGACCACUUUUCUUGCACAGACUAAAAAACUCUAGCUGGCGUUCUCAGGUUGGGAAACCACUGAAUUAGUAGUCGAGUCUGACAGCCAAGUGAGUUUUAAAACCCAAAGUAUGGAGCAUGAAUUUUCCUACACCAUCUGCUGUGCUAAUUAACAGUCCUGCCUCAGUCUCUCUCUCUUUCUCUCUCUUUUUUUUAAAGGAUUUUGCACUUGGCCAGACAGGAGGGGAAUGCCCAUUCUUCUCCCUUCCUAAGCUAGAGCCAAGUAAAAGAAGGUUCGGUUUUCCCCCAUAAAUAUUCUUGGGUGAUGAAUCUCGAUCUGAGGUUUAUUUUGUUUCAAGCAUGUGUGCAUCCAGCAUGCUAGUCCAACAAAGUGCAUUGCUUUCCAGUCUAGCUAGGCAGAGCCCUUUGGCCAAAAGUCAGUUUAUUUUGGAUGAGAUGGAUUUCCUGACAAGGUGUGUUUGUUUUCUUGUGACAGGAAGGCAGAGAAGCAAAUCCUAGUCUUUUUUUUCCUUGAAUACUAAAUUCAAGAUAGGUCAGCUGGCUUCCAUUGAGCCCUGAGUGUCAGUCAUUGCUUGAGCAUUUGUGACUCAAGCUUCCAGGGGACUCUGGGCCUCUCACUUGUUCUCUCCUAGGAAACAAUGACCCAGACCUAACUGUGUCUUUUUUUUUUUUUUUUUUGCGGUACGCGGGCCUCUCACUGUUGUGGCCUCUCCCGUUGCGGGGCACAGUCUCCAGACGCGCAGGCUCAGCGGCCAAGGCUCACGGGCCCAGCUGCUCCGCGGCACGUGGGAUCUUCCCGGACCGGGGCACGAACCCGUGUCC